AUGGAAGCUCAAAUGACUGAUUCGGACUGGGAGACUUCGAGCGACAGCAGUGGCAGUGACGAUCAAGAGGAUAUUGAUUAUCUAUAUGGUGGCCAAGCUCAGAGCAUAUUGUCUAGUUUAGAGGAAAGCAUCGGGAAGAUCGAUGAUUUUCUCUCGUUUGAGAGGACAUUUGGUUAUGGAGAUGUCGUCCGUUCCUUGUCAGACACGUCUGGACAGAUGGGGAGGGUCGUUGGUGUUGACGUGACAGUGGAUUUGGAAAACGUUCGAGGAAACAUAUUAAAAAACGUGAACUCCAAGAAACUUCUGAAGAUUCGUUCCAUUUCGGAAGGUGAUUACGUGAUUAAAGGGCCGUGGCUCGGUCAGGUUCAAAGGGUAGUGGACAGACUAACUGUGUUGUUUGACGAUGGGACGAAAUACGAUAUCACUACCUUGGAAAAAGAUAAGAUUUUACCGCAAACUCCUAAUUUUCUUGAAGAUUCGCAGUAUCCGUACUAUCCAGGGCAGAGAGUGAAAGUUAAGUCCUCGACCGGUUCUAAAUCGGCCAGAUGGCUAUGUGAUAAUUGGAGAGACAACCAUGAUGAAGGAACUGUUUGUUCUGUGGAAGCAGGUUUGGUGUAUGUUAAUUGGGCUACGUCGAUUCUUCUGGGUUCUAAUUCGAAUGUGAAUGCUCCUGCGUGCUGGCAAGAUUCCAAAAACUUGACCAUGCUGUCAUGUUUUUCGCACGCAAACUGGCAACUCGGUGACUGGUGCAUGCUUCCAGCUGCAGACCAACAGGAACAAAUCGAAAAGAUGAUUCGAGAUUCGCCUGAUGGUUAUCUUCCAAAUAAGCAUAGUAUGGCUAGAGAAUAUAGGAGAAGAAACGUUAACUCUAGCCUGGAAGAAUUGUUUAUUAUUGGUAAGAUAAAGACCAAAGUCGAUAUUAUUUGGCAAAACGGCGAAGUUACUUUGGGGUCGGAUUCCCAGAACUUAAUCCCUGUGAAUGUCGUAAACACUCAUGAGUUUUGGCCUCAUCAGUUUGUGAUGGAAAAAGGUACUUCUGAUGAUGAUGACAAGCAUAGCAAUCAAAGAUGGGGCGUUGUUCUAUCGGUCGAUGCAAAAGAGCAUACCGUAAACGUGCAAUGGAGAACAGUUCCGACAUCCAAGCCAGAUGAUUUGGCUGGAGAACCAACAUUGGAAACUUUGAGUGCAUACGAACUUGUCGAACACCCGGACUUUUCCGGUUGUUUUGGUGAUAUUGUGUUCAAGACCGCUCAAAAGCAGGUUGGUUACCGAGCUGAGAAAAACAACGCAAAUUUAAUGAGUGACUUGAAUGUGGAAGUUUCUCUGAUAAAACUAGACCAAAUCAACUACCAGAAUAAGUCCAACGAUAACUGUCACCUGUCCUGUAUCGGCAAUAUUUCUGGCUUCAAAGAUGGCUAUGUCGAGGUGAAAUGGGCUACUGGUUUAACGACAAAGGUUGCACCAUAUGAAAUUUUUCGGAUUGAUAAGCACGAAGGUUCAACUGCAACUCCUGUUUCUUAUGAAACAAAUGUUGUCGAGUUGACUCAAGAGAUUAUUGAUCAUGGAAGUCUAUCUUCUGACCAAAAGGGAAAGGGCUUGUUAGAUCGUAACGGUGAUAAAGAUAAAUGUGAUAAACAUUCGGGAGAGAGUAGUUCCUUUUCUCUCCCUCAAGCUGCCUUUGAACUUUUCUCCAGCAUUAAAGCCGGCGUAUUUCAAAAACUUGGCUUGACAUCAUUUUACGGAGCUGUUUCCACAGUUCCUACAUUUGAAGAGGAAAAUGCGCCAGAUUUUCUCGGCAAGAAAGAUUUGGAAGCUUGUAGCCCUGAGACUGAUUCACAUCCUGUGAGCUUGUUGGAGUCUACUGAAGACUCGACUCCAUAUUGUGAAGUUUUAAAGAUUCAUGAGACGGGCAAUGUUACUUCAGAUCAGUUGAAACAGUUCGACGUAAUCGAUACUUGCUCAGACCACCACUUUUUCAACGAGGGAAAAGGGUCACCAUUAUCUCAGGUUAAGAAAGAUUGGGCGAAAAAGGUGCAGCAAGAAUGGAGCAUCCUGGAGAAAAAUCUUCCUGAAACUAUUUAUGUCCGUGUUUUCGAAGAAAGAAUGGAUCUCAUGCGAGCAGCCAUCGUUGGUGCGUCAGGGACACCUUAUCACGACGGCUUAUUCUUCUUCGAUGUAUCUUUCCCUCCUGAGUAUCCUAGUGAACCACCGAUGGUGCACUACAUUUCUGGCGGGUUACGAAUAAAUCCGAAUCUGUAUGAGUCAGGGAAAGUGUGUUUGAGUCUCCUAAACACAUGGAGCGGUACAGCAGCCGAAGUGUGGAACCCUGAAUCUUCCACGGUUCUUCAAGUCCUUCUCUCUCUGCAAGCUCUUGUCCUUAACGAGAAGCCGUAUUUCAACGAGGCAGGAUACGACCAACAAAUCGGCAGAGCCGAAGGAGAGAAAAACUCAGUGAGUUACAACGAAAAUGCUUUCCUCCUCACCUCCAAAUCCAUGCUGUACCUUUUAAGAAACCCGCCGAAGCAUUUCGAGGCAUUGGUGGAAGAUCACUUUCGACAACGCGCGGAACAUAUACUCGUUGCUUGUAAGGCUUAUCUUGAAGGAGGUUCUAUUGGAGGUGAAAAGAGUGAGCAUGAAAACCAGAAGGGAACUUCUGCAGGAUUUAAGAUUAUGCUUGCUAAGCUUUUUCCUAAGCUUGUAGAAGCGUUUUCUGGUAAGGGAAUUGAUUGCUCCAAGUUUGUUGACAUGCAGAAGUAA